GAAUUAUAGUCAGUUUAAAAAAUCAGUUUGAUAUAUCAGUUUGCUAUAUCUUCCUUUCUCUGUGACUAUAAAGCCACAGAAAUUGAAAAGAAUUUCAAUUCAAAAAAGAAUGUUUUCCUCUUCCUACAUUUUUUCUCUCUUCUUAUACAGGAGAUGAAUUGAUUAACCCCAUGUCAGAAGUAGUAAAAUUGAUUUACAUGCACCCUAUGCACACAGCUACAUGCAACAUAGAGAAUUUUUUGUCCCCCCGUUUGUUUGUAACCUUAGAAAAGUGAGGCUGGAAAGGACAUCUGAAGGUCAUCUAGUCCAACUGCCUGCUCAAUGUGGGACUGUUCUGUUCAAGUGUUUGUCUAACCUGUUCUUAUAUAAAUCUCCAUCCUUGGACAUUUCUAACCUCUCUAGGUAAUCUGUUCCAAUGCUUAACGACCAGUUUAAAUGUGUUGGUUCAUUUUUUUUUAUACUAAUCUUUAAUGCUUUCUUAGUUUUAUCAUUUGUAUAGUUUCCAAUAGGAUCCCAUCUCAGACAAAUAAGGCUGUAAUUUGAGGUCUAGUCCAACCUCGUCCAAGAUCAUCUAAACCAUGCCAGGUAUACAAAACUUGGCUAUGCAGGAAAUACAGAACCGCAGUUCAUUAUUCCAUCAUGGGUGCACCCAUAGAGAUUUCUUGGGCCAAUACCAAUAGCCGAUUUUUAAGGAGGCAUAUCGGCUGAUACGGAUCCAGUUUCCGAUACGCAGCCCGGUGGUUUGAAGAGCAGUGUCUGGCUGGUAUUGCAAUCAGAGAGUCAGCCAAAGUAGGUGACCAAGCCCAGAGGAGAGUAAUGAAGGGAGUUGAUGAUCUAGACUUUUUCAUAGGAGAUGAAGCCAUAGAUAAACCUACCUAUGCCACAAAGUGGCCUAUACGACAUGGUAUUGUUGAAGAUUGGGACCUCAUGGAAAGAUUCAUGGAGCAAGUAAUUUUUAAAUAUCUUCGAGCUGAGCCCGAGGAUCACUACUUCUUAAUGACAGAACCUCCAUUGAACACUCCAGAAAACAGAGAGUAUCUUGCAGAAAUCAUGUUUGAAUCUUUUAAUGUACCAGGACUUUACAUUGCUGUUCAGGCAGUAUUGGCCUUAGCUGCAUCUUGGACAUCACGGCAGGUUGGAGAACGUACGUUAACAGGAAUUGUCAUUGACAGUGGUGAUGGAGUAACCCACGUAAUUCCUGUGGCAGAAGGUUAUGUAAUUGGAAGUUGCAUCAAACAUAUCCCUAUUGCAGGUAGAGAUAUUACAUAUUUCAUUCAGCAGCUCCUAAGGGAGAGGGAGGUGGGAAUUCCUCCUGAACAAUCUCUGGAGACAGCAAAAGCCGUAAAGGAAAAAUACUGUUAUAUUUGUCCUGACAUAGUAAAAGAAUUUGCUAAGUAUGAUGUAGAUCCACGAAAAUGGAUCAAACAGUAUACUGGCAUCAAUGCAAUCAACAAAAAAAAAUUUAUUAUUGAUGUUGGUUAUGAAAGGUUUCUUGGACCUGAAAUUUUCUUUCAUCCUGAGUUUGCUAAUCCAGAUUUUAUGGAUUCCAUUUCGGAUGUAGUUGAUGAAGUUAUACAGAACUGUCCCAUUGAUGUUCGUCGUCCAUUAUAUAAGAAUGUGGUUCUUUCAGGAGGAUCCACAAUGUUCAGGGACUUUGGACGUCGACUACAGAGGGACUUGAAAAGAGUAGUGGAUGCGAGAUUGAGACUUAGUGAAGAACUCAGUGGUGGUCGGAUAAAGCCCAAACCAGUUGAAGUUCAAGUGAUAACACACCAUAUGCAGCGUUACGCAGUUUGGUUUGGAGGUUCCAUGCUUGCUUCAACAAGUUUUUUCAAGUAUGUCACACCAAGAAAGACUAUGAAGAAUAUGGCCCUAGUAUUUGUCGUCAUAAUCCUGUUUUUGGAGUCAUGUCAUAAUGCUUGUCUACUGGAAGUAGCGGUUCAUAUAUCUUGCUGGUGGAGAAACUCCUGAAAUGGAAGAAGACAACAGUUAUUGUAAAUACUGAAGCAAGAUGUGGAUGUUCAUCUCCUGGGAACAUCUGGGUCACCAUAGUGCACUACAACACUGCAUACAGCCCAGAUUCAUUUCAUUAAAAGCCAUUUCUGUGCUGACUACUUUAAAGCCUAUUCCUCUUUCUUCCUAAAUGUGAGCUUCUAGGUAGUAGGCCAGUCUGUUUAGGAGACUGUGCAAACACUACUGAAGUCAAGUCUAGAAGAUUAUGGCAUUGUUUUACUGCCUUGGGAAAAGUAAAAAGCGUUUAAGCCUUUUCCACCUGGGCUUUGCUCCUGCAAUCGAAUCUUUAUGGCCAGAUCUUUGUGCCUGUGUGGAGCCCCAUUGAUUUUAGUGGGACUCGGAAUGGAUUUAAGUGUCUGCUCACAGUUCACAUUGCAGGAUCAGAGCCUUACUUUAUAAAUGGAUGGUUGUUCAUAUCAUUUUGUAUUUUAUGAUAUUGGUAGGUUUGACUGGUUCUAAGCAUGGACAGCUAUCAGUAUCAUGGAGUGAUGUGACAAGUUUCCAGGUGUGAGGCAUACAUUGAAGUUGUACUGGUGUGUCUUGCUGAUGGGGGGGAAAAAAAAUAGCCGUGUGUGCUAGAAAAUGGUUUGUUUUUGUUUGAGUGACAUGAACUUCAAGCAACUUACAGUGUUGUGUGAGGUUUAUACAGCCUAUUUUACUUUUUGUUAUGUUUGAAUUUUUUUGAAGUUGUUUUAUAGAAGAUAACAUUUUUUUUUGGUGUUGAUGAGUGGUGGAUGAGAUGCUGCCUUGCACCAGUGAAAUAAACUGU